AUGUUAUUGAUCAAAUAUAAUAGUUAUUCGAUGUAUCGAUUUCGAUGUUUUUUACCAUUAUAUCAGAACAACAACAAAAAAUAUUCGAUUUCAUCAUCUGUAACAUUAAACUCAAGAAUGAAGAAACUAAUCGAUUCCAAACAAUAUAAAGAAGCUCUAGAUCUUUUCGAUCAACAAACUGAGAUAUGUAAUAAUUUUACUAUUGAUAUGGCAAUAAAAGCAUGUACAAUAUUGAAUGAUUACAAACGUGGUAUUACUAUUCAACAAAAGCUUUCAUCAAAUUCAUUGAAUAAUUCUUAUAUUCAAACAUCAUUAAUUCACUUUUAUAAAAAUGAAUGGAAUGAAUCAGUUGAAUAUGAAUAUGCUGUUAGAAUAAUUGAAAAUGAUGCUACAUGA